CGUUGCAUUUGUAAACCUGUGCUUAAAUUGCUAUUGUAUGUUGAUUGAUUUCAACACAUUCAUCGUCUUUCAACCGUUGUGAAUAGUCUGGCUAUCGUAUUCAUAGAAUCUCGAACAGAGAAGAAAAGAAAUGAGAAAAAUAUUAUUAAAAAACACGUAAAUUGUGCGAAGACUAUUGACUGAUUGCAGUGGGAUGGAUCCAUCCAUCAACGGUAUUAAUACGGAAGCAUCGUAAAGGGUUUCACUGUCAAUAUAGAGAAUAAUUACUAAUCAAUAUUCACCUUCUACUGUAUUUCUAAUCGUAUUCCUCUCUCACUCCAUACUUUCAACAUUAUCUAACAAAAUGGCCGAUAGCAUAGAGCUGGUACCAGGCAAGCACGUGCAGGACUAUGGUUACCGUCACGUUUUACCAGGGGAACAUGUGUAUGACGGUGUUCUGUUUUUUGGAUAUAGCCCGCCCGAUAUUUUGGAUGCUGUGAAGGAUUUUAGAGUCAGAGACGACGAUGUUUUUAUUGUUAGUUAUCCUAAAGCAGGAACAACAUGGAUGCAGGAAAUAUUAUGGUUGGUUGUUCAUGAUGGAGACUUUGAGACAGCUUCAAAAACUCCAAUCUACUUCCGGUCUCCAUUCCUAGAAUUUAAGGAUUUGACGCUCAACGAGGUUGGUUUAGAUAUUGCACAUGGUAUGAGGUCACCAAGGGUAAUCAAGUCACAUCUUCCAUUUCGCCUGAUGCCGAAAAAACUCGAUAAAUCCAAGGUUGUGGUCGUUUUUAGAAAUCCAAAAGAUGUCAGUGUCUCGUAUUAUAAUUUUUAUAAAUCCAGUUCUUCCUUUGGUGAUUUUACUGGAACUUGGAGAGAUUUUCUAAUCAUGUUCCUAACAGGAAAAGUUGAUCAUGGUUCAUGGUUUGAUUUUACGAUUAGCUGGUGGAAGAGAAGACAUGAACCUAACGUACUAAUUGUCUUCUAUGAAGAUAUGAAAAGGAAUUUGAAAGGUGAAAUCAGGAAAAUAGCUAAUUUUAUUGGAAAACAUGAUUUAUCUGAAGAGGUUAUCACAAGAAUAGCAAAUCACUGCACUUUUGACAAUAUGAAGAAAAAUCCAAUGACCAAUCAUGAAGACGUUUAUUCUAUAAAUAGCAAGAUUUCACCUUUAUUGAGGAAAGGUAAAAUUGGAGAUUGGAAGAAUCAGUAUUCGGUAUCACAGAACGAAGAUUUUGAUGCGGUAUACAGAGAGAAGAUGAAAGAUAUUGACAUUCCUUUCCAAUAUGAAUGGAAACGCUCAACGCCAUCAGAGAAACCAUAGACAGAAUUUCAAAGUCUGCUUAAAAAUCAAACCGCAGAAGUGAUUUUGUAGAUAAACUGCGGCGUGAAAUUAAUGCGUUUUAGUAUUCGCAAUCUUGGAAUUAAUUUUAUAGUGUUUCUAGUAGCGUUGAUUAACGCGCAGCCCAUUAGGAAGAGUGUCAGACCUAGCUACAAAUACCGUUAAACUACAUGUGUUUAACGCUACAAUUGAUACACGCAAGUUUAAAUAGGUUCAAACGCACAUCAACACAUAUCAUUACAGUUUGUAUUGAAAUAAGUAAUUAUAUCACAAAUAGUGAAGACUGGACCACUAAAAUAGUUACCGAACAGUUUUUCUUUGUGGUAAUUAUGCGUUCUACAUUUUCAAAGCGACAUUUCUUUAAUGUAAACCGCCAUGACACCAGCCAGACGAAAUCUCGCCAAAUUUCGCGUAACAGUUGGGUUUCAUCAAAUCAUAUAAUUAUACGGUAAGGUUUCACCUUUAUUUCAAUGGUAAUUGGUUUAUUAUAUGUUAAGCUAUGUGCAGUACAGUUUGGGGUCAGUUUAUGUGUAAAUUAAAGGGACUAUUUAGCUAGUAACCUUUUUGUAUUGAUUUGACCAAAAAAUUUGCGCAAAGGAACUCCGUAGGACGAGCCACUACUGUGGCUGGAGUAAGGCGGAAGACAUCAGUAGUGGAACCAUUUCUAUGUCAGGCCAUAAAUAAAUAUCUCUAGAUGCAUUGAUUAUUAUACCGCAAUAUGCAUAUAUUUAAAGGGACAAUAACACUCUUGCUGGCUCGAAAGCUCCAGAAAAUAAAUAUAAUAUCUCUAUCUAAGUACUAGAUGUUUAAGUGUCCUACCUGUUGUGUAAAUUAUCCAUUACAUCCUAUUUUACUUGGCCAGAGGGUUCGAAAAUAUUUUUAAAUCGAAGUUUCAUUUGAAAGGGUUUACGUUAGACGUUUCAAACCAUUAUGUUGAAUUUUUCAAAAUUUUUAAAUAAUGUGUGUUAAGAUGAAAUUUGUAUCAUCAAUUAAUUGAAAUAUUCUAAAAUAGUACAAUUUGUUGACGAGAAUAAAGAUUGGGACAUAUUAUUCAGUUACAACAAGAGUGGUAUUGAGCCUUUAACAACACUUAACGAUACAUUAUAGAAGAUUAGAUAAAGAGCUGACAGUUUUCACUAUAAUACAGUAGUUACAAACUAGACGUUGUAAAGGCAAUAUGCUGAAAAUUUCAGUCAAAUUACUUCACUCUAAGCCGAGAAAACAUUCUUUUAAAAUCUUUGUAGCCUCGAUUGUCAACGGACGUCAAACAGCAGAUCGGAUUCAAAUCCAACGAAAAUUGAACAGAUAAGAUGGCAUCGAUAGUUGAUUGUGGUAUUGUCAUGUUAAUAAAUGUCUAAUUUAUAUAACAUUUCAGGCCUAAAAAAAGACCAGCAAUAGGCAGAUUUAGCUCUUGCGUAUUAUAGUUUUAAACUUAGUGUCUCCCAUUUAUCGUCACUAAAUAAACUGCCCUGUUGUAGGCCUAUUUAGCCAGUUAUAACCAAUUAAAAAAACGUUAAACAACAAGCGGACAGAAUAUUCGGCAUUUUGUGAGUGCAAAAUAGGUCACACAUCUAACCGGGCUUAAUGAUAGCCCCGAAUAACCAAUAUUCUAUAUGGAAAGCUAUAUGGAACAAGAAAUCUAAUUUAAUAAUUGGCUAGUUAGGCAACUCAACGAUUGUGAAUACAAAAUACGGGCAAGUCCAACCUUUAAUAUUACAAAUUUUGUCUACGUGGGGCGCUCUACCAAACAACUCAAAAAUACAAUUUGAUGAUUGUUUUUUGAACAAGGUCGUCAUUCGUCAUUGCAUCGACUUCGGCGUAAUUGUAAAUUACCAAACCUCCAAAUUAAGAGUACGUUUAAAGUGGCUAAGUCUCUAACUCAAUAUUAUCCAAAAUCUUCAACAUUGAAAACACGAUUUAUUUCUCAAAUUAAAUCAACAUUCUUGUUGUGAUCUUACCGGGAAAAGAUGGGCUUUUGAUAUCCAAUAUUUAAGACAAAAUAAACAUUUUACCAUUGGUACACGAAUCGUGUACCAUAAUGCGCUUCAGCCCCAGUUGUAUCAAGAGACUCGAAGGACGAGGCUAGACACGUUGUACUAAAUCAAACGGCGUAUGUAGACUGGAAUAACCAGACGCUAGAAAUUUGCACUCGCUUGAGACUGCUGGCUUAUUUCGCCGAACAUAACUGAUUUUGAAAUUGGAGUAAAAACGGAAACCAUUGAAUGUAAAUCGGUUUAUAUACAUUCAUAUUAUAUUUAUAUUAUAUUAUAAGCGUUGCGACCCACUUUUGUCAAUUUCUAGGUCCCAAAUGUUAGCGAUUUAGCUCCUUUAAUAUAUACCCUCCGAUCGGCAAACUUAUCCGAACUACCAAACAAAUUGAAUUGGUUGAAAACAAAAAAAAAGGGGGGUUUCGAGAUACUGCCAGUAUUACUUUGCUGACCGACAUAUUAUUUGCACCAAGUCUUGGAUAAUGCAAAAUGAUUAUAUUGAAAAUUUCAUUCAAAUUAUUUUAUUAUGUGGCAAAGAUUGUUUAUUAUCGUAACGACACUUAUUAUUCGAGACUUAACCUCAUUCGCCAUUUUUUAUACGCUCACAUUUAAUGUGGACGUAUAUUGUCGUCGCCCCUGUCGGUCUACAAUUUGUUUGUGGACACUGCAGUUCAAUUUUUAUCCGAUUUUGACGAAAUGAAACUGGGUUUAAGUCCUACUGUUCUGCUCCUAAACUGGGCUAAUGAAGACGGGCAUACGCCAUACAGUGUGCUAUGAGGGCAAUUUUGCCCGGACAGCGGCACUACGGCCUACUCUUAUAUCGAAUUCCAACUGCCAAGGGAUCUUUUUCGGGAACGGGACCUCGGUUUUUCGUCCCAUCCGAACGACUAGAUAGCUGUCCUUGUCAGGCCCUCCAUCCUGCAUCAUUGACAGGGGGAAACCACGCCGAAAAAUCUGGAUGAACUUUCUCGGCCAAUGCAGGGAUCGAACACCCGACCUCCAGGCUAGCGAGCCAGCGUCUUACCCACGUGAUCCCCCGAUUUUGACGAAACUUAAAUAUAGAUUUAUCUCUCAAAAAAGUCGGUUCCUUUCGAUAUUGGCAUGUAUCGAACUUGAACUUCGUGGAAUAUGGCAACUGAUUGUACGAAUAAUCACGUUUUUUUGCUUGUGGACACUCUAGAAGUCAAAAUAUUUAUUCAAUUUUGACAAUCUCCCAAACAGAGUUGUCUUCCCCUGCAGUUCACACUAUCGAAUGCUGGAUAGCGAGACUUGUGUGGAGAAUGCAAUUUUGAUGUGCCCUAAUAUUUAUAACUCGAAAGAUCUCAGUUCCUUUCGAGAUUCGCGAAUAUCGGAGUGUAACUUCCUGGAUUAUGGGCCAUUGGUUGUGAAAUGAAAUGGGGUUUAACGUCCUACUGUUCGGCUCCAACUUGUCUAAUGAAUACGGGGCCCCUGGGCGCUUUAGCUUGUGGUCCCUCUAGAGGUACAAAUGAGAAAAAUAGAAAUAGUCCGUACAUCCUGUUUGUUUUUAUUCAUUCU